AUGGCCGUCGAGAGGCGGUCGGACGAAACGAAAGGACCUUCCACAACAAAGAAAGAAAAUACACAUCAACUUCUUUUGAGAAUCAUUAUUUUCCUGGGAUUAUCACAUAUUAGCAGCAGGAAACAUUAUUCUGACAAAGUUAACAACGCACUUCUUUAUGAACUAUGCGUGGAAAGUGUCAUUAGUGGCAUGAAAAAGACGUACGAUUGUAGCGUGAAAUGCAGCGAAUCGCGCUUGCCGCGUGGCCUCCUCGUGCGCUGCGGGCCCUGCGGCGCGGCGUGGGAGGCGGCCGCCUCGGCCUGUUGCAGCAGCGCGGGGCGCGGCCUUCGAUCGAGCAGGCGAUGUCACCGUUACGCCGUGCAGCGCGGAGCGGCUGGCGGUCAUUGCAAGAGAAGAUAA